AUGACUAUAAACUAUUCAAUGGUGAGCGAAGGACAAUCAGCUAUAUCCGUGGCCAGAUCCGAUAACUUUCCUUCCCUCCUUCGCACAAAACGUUCAAAUGUUCAACAAGUAUCUGCCGAUGAUCGAAAGUCUACCGAAAGAGUCAAACGUAGCUGUGAAAAUCCAAAUAUAGACUGUCCGGCGGAGGAAAUGACUUUCCGUAAUGUGCAGAUGAGAGGUGCUGAUGAAGGUUCAACAAUUAUUUACACAUGUCCAGAAUGUGGAUAUGGAUUCCAAGAGGGAAACUAA